AUGUCGGAAGUAACAGAAGCAAGCUUAAUGUCACCGCCAGUAGAUACUACGCCUGAUAAUAAUGAUUUGGAUUCAGAAGUCUUAGAUCCAGACGACUUGGAUUCAAAAGAUUGGGAUAUGAUAGAAUAUUACUCGGGUCAUUUAAUAGGUAUUAUGUUGAUUGUAUUUUCGAUAUAUUUAAGAAUACAAUAUAUUUUAGAUGAAAUCGUUGAUAAACCUUUUUUAAGUAAUAAUAUAUCUUCUAUUGAAUGGCUACUGCUUAUUUUAAGUGUGAUACAUGCAACAUAUUUUUUUACAAGAACAAAAAGAUAUCAAUUAUUUGAUCAUGAAGUAGAUGUAAAACCUAGAAGCAAAAAUGUUUCUCUUAAAGAAUUACAUUUAGAACAAUCGAACUGGACAACAAAAUUUCCUGCAAAUGUUUUUUAUCCAUUAUAUCAACAUUUUUUUAAAAAGAGAGUUAUAAAAGAAGAAGAAGAUCAUAUUUGGGUUUUAAAAAAAUGGGAUCCAUCAAUUUUUUCUUCAAUUUUAUUUUGGUAA